AUGCGGUCUUGCGCUGAGGUCAGCUACGGCGCCUGCAUCGCCUCCUGUGAGUGGUUGCUGAAGCUUGACAAGCGCCACCUUGUGCCUUUGAACAGCGCCAUCAGCUGCUGCGGAAACGCCUCCAAAUGGCGCUCCGCGCAGCUGCUUUUGUCCAAGUCCUGCAGCGUGGUGACGCUCGGGGCCUGCAUCAGCGCUUACGAGAAGGGCGCCCAGUGGCUUUGGGCGCUGCACUGCGCGGAACUCUUCGCCCGGCGCCGGGUGCCGCUGAACCUCAUCGCGCGCAACGCUGCAACCAGCGCCUGCGAGAAAGCGGCGCAGUGGCAGCGCGGCGCCGUGCUGCUGCUGGAGCUGGAGGACCUCGCGCUGGAGACCAGCUUGACCUCCUUCCAUGGUGCCAUCAGCGCCUGCGAGAAGGCCAAGCAGUGGCGCCAUGCGCUGCACUUCUUCGAAGAGGCCUGCACUCGCCUGCGGGGAAAUGUGAUCACCUUCAGCUCGGCAAUCAGCGCUUGUCAGAAAGCUGCGCAGUGGGAGCGCGCGCUUUUGCUGGUGCACGCGAUGCCUUCGGAAACCGGCAACGUGGUCGCCUACAAUGCGGCGCUCGCGGCCUGCGAGCUCGGCCAGUGGGAACAGGCACUGCAGCUGCUGGACAUCGCACGUCAGGUCCAUGUGUCCCCGGACGACUUAUCCUACGAGUCCUCCAUGCGCGCCGCUGCCAACGCCGAGCAGUGGGAGGUCUCCGUGCACUUGCUGGCGGAGAUGCGCCAGGCGCUUAUUUCCGUGACGGAGGUGGCGCUGAACGCGGCCAUCAGCGCCUGUGAAAACGGCGCCCAGUGGCGGCCGGUGCUGGCGCUCCUGGCAGAUCUGAAGCUUGCAGAUAUGGAGGGGGAUGUGAUGACCUGCAGCGGUGCCAUCAGCGCCUUCGGAAAGGCAUGGCGCUGGCGCCGAGCCUUGGAAUUCUCCUUCGAGGACGUGGUCACUUACAGCUGCAUCGUGGGCGCCUGCGCCCGAUCCUCGCAGUGGCGCCCGGCCGUGGCGCUCUUCGAGGCCAUGGCGGAGGAGAAGCUGCGACCAGAUGCUCGGAGCGGUGAGCGGUCUGGGGAGAGCCAGAAGAAGCCAACCUUUCUUAGCCAGUUUCUGUACUAG